AUGGAGAUUCGUGUUGACACAGCAGAAGGGUUUGCCGCCCCGAAAGACACCUUUGUUUCGAUGCGAAUCGGCGACUUCCAGAAGCAGUCUCGAUUUGACACGGCCAAGACAUACAAGUUCCCGAAACUGGAGGAUGCCAGCGGCCUCGCGCGGAUCGAGGUCUUUCAGCGCGUUGGGCACCAGACGGUCAGCCUGGGGAAGCUGCACCACAGCGAGCAGAGCGUUGAGGUCCCGGUCAACAUGCCAGGCAUGUCCUUCCUACCGAUGAGGCUCGGGCUUCACACCGGCCAAGAGGUGAAUACGGAGCCGAAGAUCAAGAAGGACACCAAGGUGAAGACCAAGCUCGAUGCGGCUCAGAAGUACUUGGCGGAGCAUCAGCUGGAGGAGGUUAUCGCUGAUGCAAUGCGUGAGGUCAUCCACGAGAAGCCCGCCGAGCCGCUCAUAUUUCUGUCCUCCCAGAUCCUGAAACAUGCGGCCACCAGGAAGCCUGGGCUCCUUCCGCGCAUCGACGGUCAAAAGGAGCAGCCGCCGGCGCCGCCAGCGAACAAAAAGGCGAAUCCUUCUGAGAAGCUGCCGCCCAUCAGUGGAGCUGGCUACCCUGAGGAAGGCGGUGAGCUGAACCGCCUGCGACUGGAGGCGCGAGAUGCGCUGCUCCAGUCUGCACAAAACGGAAGCUUAGCAGCGGUUCUCGCGGGAGACUCUGCAGCAGAUAUUGGAAGCCUGCGCGAAGAGGCCGCAAGAACGCUCAUCAACGCGGCGCGUGAUGGAAGCCUGGAUGUGGCGCUUCGCGAGACCAGGGCCGGACAGGACGGAGCGGAGCUUGAGGAGCUGAGGCAGCAGGCAAGAGCCACUCUUCUGCAGGGAGCACGUGAUGGGUCUUUGACGGCCGCGCUACAAACCACGAAGGAUGAGGACAAGGUCGAAGACCUGCGAGUCCAGGCUCGCGACGCAUUGCUGCUUGCCUCCAUCAACGGCAGCCUGGAGAAGGCUUUGAAAGAAGGGAAGUCCCAGAAGAAGCCUCAGGAAGACGAGCUUGAGGAGCUUCGAGUGCAGGCUCGCAAUGCCUUGUUGAAGGGAUCCCUCGACGGCACGUUGGAGAAGGCACUCCACGCAGGCAAGUCUGAGAAGCAGCCCGAGGUCGCAGCCUACAAGUAUACUCCGUCGGUAGGCUCAUGGCUGCAGAAAAAGCCGUACCAGGUCGCUCGACCAUGGUACUAUACUGUCCACGGGGAGACGGAGGAUGACAAGGUCAUCAAGGACCUUCAGAGCGUCAUUGCAGAGAAAGAGCGCGAAAUCGAGAAUUUGAAGGCCACUUUGAAGUCGAGUGGGCUUGAUCUGAAAGCUCCAGCAGCUGCACCUGCCGCUCCUGCCGCAGCUUCUGCCCCUGCUGCAACGAAAGCUGAACCUGCAGCAACUGUAACGUCUUUGACGCCAUUCAGGCCCUACUAUGCCCAACACUUGCGGACCCUCCAUCCAGAUUCCAUGCAGAAGCUGUACUCCAAGUUCCCGGGCGUGCCGAAGCCACAGCCAAAAGCACCGGAGGCGGGUGCUAAGCCGGUAGAGAAUGCGGGAGCAAUGAAAACAGCCCCAGCUCCAGCCCCAGCUCCGGCCCCAGCCCCAAAGUUUGCAAAGUUGCCCUCCGUGGGAACGUGGCUUGCUCCCAAUCCUAACAAGCGUGCUCAGGCGGCUCAGGCGGCAGCAGCUGCAUCUCCUGAAGCUCCACAAAAGUUCGCCAAGAUGCCGUCUGUGGGUACUUGGCUCGCACCCAAUCCAGAGAAGCUGCAGGGCAAGGAGUCAACAUCGUCGGCGUCCACCGGAACAAAGGAAACGGCGGAGACGGUGCCCGCAGCCGCCACAGCUCCGGCCAGUCGCCGGCCGUUCAAGCAACUUCCUUCUGUGGGAACAUGGCUGGCUUUCAAGCCGUUCGAAGAGCCCGCAAAACCCGCGCUCAGCAUCCUGGAGAGAAGCCACAGCAAGCUUUUGGGUAUGAACAAGGAGGAGCUCAUCAGCGCCUUUGAAAGCGAACUCCGAAAGCGGGAAGACGAGAUCAGGAAGCGGGACCAGGAGAUUGCCAAGUUGAAGUCCACCAAUGCGUAA